AUGUCAAUCUUUUCGCGGGUUGCCUAUCAUCAAAAUACGACAUUGAAGUUAAACGUAGGUAUUAAUCAUGUACAACGCUUUGUACGUGGCCUACAGUCUACAGCUACAGAUUCAACACCACAAACAAUGCAUUUGGAUAGUGAAAAUCAACAAGAAGAUUUAGGGUAUUCACUUCUCGAUCAUUCUCUUUAUUUUAAUUGGAAAGACAAUUUUCUGUGUAGAACUGGCUUUUAUACUAUGGUGGAAAAGUUUUACGAUCGUGCAGCAAAGCUUCUUGAAGAAAAGCUAGUGAAUGAUAUGGCUAAAUCAAAAUUAACCGAAGAACAGAAGCGUAUUAAAGUACGCGGUAUUCUAACAAUGAUGAAACCACCCAACUAUGUACUAGCAGUUACUUUUCCUGUUCGUCGUGAUAAUGGUGAAUGGGAACUGGUUGAAGCGUGGCGAGCUCAACACUCCUUACAUCGCACACCAUGCAAAGGUGGUAUUCGAUACUCAACGGAUGUCAAUCUUGAUGAAGUCAAAGCUCUAGCCGCCCUCAUGACAUAUAAAUGCGCCUGUGUAAAUGUGCCAUUCGGUGGCGGUAAAGCCGGUGUCAAAAUUAAUCCUAAAGAAUGGUCGGAAGCUGAAUUGGAGCGUAUCACACGACGAUUAACUGUGGAAUUAGCAAAGAAGGGUUUCAUUGGACCUGGUAUCGAUGUUCCUGCACCAGAUAUGGGUACUGGUGAGCGUGAAAUGGCAUGGAUUGCUGAUACCUAUGCAUCAACAGUUGGUUGGGAGGAUAUCAAUGCACAUGCAUGCAUCACGGGUAAACCCAUUCUACAAGGUGGUAUUCACGGUCGAACAUCAGCUACCGGCCGAGGCUUGUAUCAUGGUGUGAACAAUUUUAUAAAUGAAAAGUUCUAUAUGGAUAAAGUCGGUUUAACUACUGGACUUGCGGGAAAAACAUUCAUCGUUCAAGGUUUUGGUAAUGUCGGUCUACAUUCAGCACGAUAUCUAACUCGACACGGUGCAAAAUGCAUUGGUGUACUUGAAUGGGACGCGGCUAUCAUCAACCGAGAUGGAAUUAAUCCAAAAGAACUUGAAGAUUAUAAGGCUGAAAAUGACACUAUCAAAGGUUUCCCUGGAGCGAAUCCCUACGAAAACGCCGACAAACUCGAAUUACUCUGUGAACAAUGCGAUAUCCUUGUUCCAGCGGCAAGCGAACAACAGAUUACAUCGAGAAAUGCUGGUCGCAUCAAAGCCAAAAUCAUCGCCGAAGGUGCCAAUGGACCUACGACACCUGCUGCAGAUCGAAUUCUUCUUAAAAAUAACGUUCUAGUUAUUCCAGAUAUGUAUGUCAAUGCCGGUGGUGUGACAGUAUCCUAUUUUGAAUGGCUUAAAAAUCUAAAUCACACAUCAUACGGUCGAUUGACAUUCAAGUAUCAACGUGACACAAAUUAUUCACUUCUUGAAAGUGUUCAGAGCUCAUUAGAAGCAAAAUUUGGUCGAAUGGGUGGUAAAAUUCCUAUUAUUCCCAGUGACCUAUUCUAUAAACGUAUGGCUGGCGCGUCCGAAAAAGAUAUCGUACAUUCUGGCCUUGAACAAACAAUGGAAAAAUCAGCACGGGCUAUUAUGGAAACUGCUCAAAAAUUCAAUUUAGGUUUAGAUUUACGUACAGCUGCUUAUGUCACUGCGCUGGAAAAGAUUUAUAAUACGUAUUCAUCUGCCGGCAUGACCUUUGGUGUUUAG